AUGGCGAAGGCGAAGAUCUCAGCUGCUCCAGCAGAUCAGACGUCCUUGGAGCGGCUCAAAGCACUGGACACUUUAUCCGAUCUGCAAUCUCAACUCAAGGAAGCACGCCAACUAUGUACACACGCCGCUCGAGCAGACAUGCUCGCCAAAUGGCUGUUAGUGAAGCUUCAGGACGAUGCCGUCGCUCGUGCUGCUCCUGAGUCUUGGUCUCUACUGGAUCUUAUAGUUCGAAUCUCGCCACCAGAGCGACUAGCAGCUCUGCUCGGCACCUCAGACCUCAUUCGAACCAUCACGAAGACCAUGAACGAGAGCACAGAAGGUACUAGAGUCAUUUGGGAGGUUGAUAACUGCUUGUCAUCACUUUUCUCUCUCUCCGAAGGGCCCAGGUCUGCUGCAGUCAAGGCACGAUUGAGCACGAGCGCGGAGAAGGCUGCGCAACUCCUUGGAGCCUGGGUCGGAGCUAUGUUAACAGUGGAGUUCCAUCUCAAAUGGCCUGAUAGACUGGACUUAUGCGUAGAUCAAGUCGUCCGCGUCUGGAACCUCCGCAAGCAUGAUCCGCACGAGAAUGAGCAUUUCGCUUCGCUGUGUCUUGUACCAGCCACAGCGCUGUUGGGUCAGCUGAGCUCAGAUGGCGACUCGACACGGACAAAGCGAAAGCGCAAGGUGCAGGGAGCGCUACAGGCUGAUGCUCGAUCCUGUCUGGAAGCACUUUUGGCGAAACAUGUAUUCUUGCCAAGUCGAUCGGCUUUCUUCGCCAGCUCGUCGCAGAAGCAAUCCAAGAGCCAGUCGGCUGCCAACUUCAUUCCUUUGCCACAGCGUCUGAGCACUAUCGAAGAUACGAUCGCCUCUGAUAAGCUUCAGCCAUUGAGCGUAUCAUUAUUGUUGGACAUCGCACUGCGCAGUGCGCCUACGCAGAACUCUCGACAGCGAUUGAAGGAGAGGCCAUGGAUCGAGAACAUCUUCCCUGCUCUACUGGCAUGCUUGGCGAGGGUAGAAGGUCCCAGCAAGCAAGGUGCAUUAACGGCUAUGCUCAAAGUAUUGCAAGUGCAUGGAGCAUCAUUGUCGAGGGAGACUCUACUACAGCUCGCCACAAAUCAGGCUAUAUCUGAUCGAGAUGAGCAGUCCACGAACUGGGAAGUCCUAGCGCAGAUGAUUUUGCUAGACCCUACCGCGUUUGCUAGAGUCGAGAAGGAUGGCAAGCAUCUCGAUGCUGCGCGUCUGUUCGACCUGAUUGCGAAGGCCGAAGAACCUAAACAUGGCAAUCUUGACCUCAUAAGGGAGUCGGUGGUGAUUCCUAUCAUGCUUGCUUUCGCCAAAAAUCGCGGACUGCCUGCGUUCAUUGACUUGUGGCAUACCCAGCUGCGUAAGACAGAUUCGCUGAGUACGGUAUGGUUGCAGCUGCGAGAGUCCUUUGCCAAGCUUGUCGAGGAACACCUGUCGUUGAACUACAUCGUGGACUGGAUCACGCGCUUGCGCCAAUCAACGGAAGCGACUGCCUCCGUUGCGGAUGUCAGCGACAUGGAUCAAGGACUGUUGAGUGCCAACUGCACCAUCGUUUCCGCAAUGCUUUGUGGAUUGCAGAGCGCUGCGUACAGAGACGCUGUUUACAGCGAGCUCGAUCAGCUGAUCGAGCCUCUUUACUCGCUACACACUAGCAAUAUUGACAAGAUAAGCUACAUUUGGUUCUUGUUGAGACACGUGCUUGAACUGUGGUUUCCGACUUGGGCAUCGCGGCAGUCGAAUCGGGCGACUGUUGUCAAACGAGCAGAGGACAUCUAUAACACGACAUUGCAGGCUACCGCAGAGAAACACCUGGAGCACUAUGCCACCGGUGCUGCGCUGUCUGGAGUCACAUUAUCGAAAACGCGAGACAUAUGUGAGUACGUCGCUGUGGCGUCACAUCUCCUCAAAGCGUACGACCCACGAUUCAUGGAUGCCUGCAAAUCUGUGGCAGCCAAAGCCAACCACGACUCAAUGUUGGCAUAUCUGCUCCGCGCCGACUCCGAGACAUCGAAGAAUGCAGAUAUCAAACGUCCAUCUGGGCACAAUAUGAGCCAUAGCAGUGUCCCUGAAAGCCUCAGGAGCUUCAGUACGCUGGUAGACGAGUGUACAGAGAGUACGGAUCAGUCAAUCCCCAUGACUGUCAUCAAUUCCGCAACGAAACAUCUGGAAGGCGACCUUGCACCGACUGAGUACUCUUGUAUUCUCGCAAAUAUCUCACGCUACUGUCAGGGCGCGAAGCCACGAGCACAGAUGGACAUGCUGCACGGUCUACUGGACUCGAAUGGAACCCUGAGCCACUCCACAAUCGUUCUGGCCAAAGCCGUUGUCUCUAGUCUUAGGAGAGUAGACUUCGCCGACAGGAGUCCAGCAGACGGUGCAAACAGUCCUCAGUCACUCAUGAGUAGCCUUCUUGCCAUUGCUGGGCAGUCAAAGAGUCUGACACUGGUCCGUGGAAGCCUAGACUGCGUAGCUCUUGCACUGCGAAGCAAGCCCUUCCUAACGAACCAAUGCGUGGUAGAAACUGUUAUGACAACGCUCAAGACUCUCGCAAGACGACAAGAUACACAUCUUCGAGUCCUAUACCUAGAUAUCAGCAGCACCUUUACCGCGCUGCUGCAGCACCACCUUUCUCGGCUUCGCGAUCGCAUGCACCUCAUGGUAGAGCUCAUACAGAGCCUCAUCUCGUGUCUGUUUUGCAGGCUGCCAGCGAGUGAUGGUACCAGCAAGCAUCUUACUGCUCGCCACGCCCGCCUACUUGCUCGGAAUUUACAGCUCCUCUGCAGCCCACCUCGCCUGACCAGGACUUGGAAUCACAUUUCCGAUCUUGUAGACGAAGCGCGAAAGGCACAAGCGCAUGUGGGACAGUACAUGCAGUAUGUAUUACACCACUAUUGCGUUGAGGUACUCGGCGGGACGCCUGGCGAGGAUGUGCGGGAAGCUCUUAUGCCUGGCUUGUAUGCCAUGGUCGAAGCUAUGGAAGUCAGUAAUGAGGAUGCAAUCAAGGUACUGGGCGCUGCGAUGAACAAUAGUGAGAGAGCGGUGUUGAGAAGUGUCUAUGAUGAUUAUAAGUCGUUUGCGAAGUGGCGUGGUGGAUGA